GGGGGGGGGCACCCGAGCGAAUGGCCCCCCCCCCCCAACCCCAAAUUGACGUUUUGAGCCCGGAAGUGUCCAAUUUGGGGCUAAAAACGGCGAUUUUGGGGCUGAAGAUGCAACGUUGGGGGUGAAAAAGGCAGAGAUGGGACCCGAAAGCACCGGAUUUGAGCCCAAAACUGAGGCCUUUGCAGGCAUCCAGGGGCCCCCCAUGGACUUGAUGGCGCUGGGGGGGCCCGAAGGGGUCCCCCCCUUUGGAGAUGAGGCCGGAGCCUUCCUAGGGCUGGGGGGGGCUGAAGGGCUGGAGGCGGGGGGGCUGCUGGCCCCCUACCCCCCCCCAGGCCGCCUCUCGCUGGUGCCUUGGGCUGAGGGGGGGUCCUUGGGGGGCCCCCCCUGGGCCACCCCCCCCCCUGCCCCGGAGCCCCCCCGGUUCCUGGAGCUGCUGCAGCCCCCCCGGGGCAGCCCCCCCCCACCGGGGCCCCUCCUGCCCCCCAGCACCCCCCAGGCCUGCGAGGCUCGGGAGUGCGUCAAUUGCGGGGCGACAGCGACGCCGCUGUGGCGCCGGGACGGGACCGGCCAUUACCUGUGCAAUGCCUGCGGGCUGUACCACCGCCUCAACGGGCACAACCGGCCGCUCAUCCGGCCCAAGAAGCGCCUGCUGGUGAGCAAGCGCGCCGGCACCGUGUGCAGUAACUGCCAGACCAGCACCACCACCCUCUGGCGCCGCAGCCCCCGCGGGGACCCCGUCUGCAACGCCUGCGGCCUCUACUACAAACUGCACCGGGUGAAUCGCCCCCUGACCAUGCGCAAGGACGGGAUCCAGACCCGGAACCGCAAAGUCUCGGCCAAGGGGAAGAAGCGACGUCAAGGGGGGGGGGGCUCCAGCAGUGGGGCGGGGGGGGCGGAGGCCAUGGGGGGGGCCCCCUCCUGCCCCCCCCCAGCCCCCCCACGAGGACCCUGUGCUCUCUACGCCCUCACCCCCCUCGUGCUCUCCGGACACCUCCUGCCCUUCCCCCCCCCCAGCCCCUUUCUGGGGGGCCCCGGGGGCAGUUACGUGCCCCCCCCUGCCCCCGCCGUGCCCCCCCCCAGCCUCAGCCCCCAGCUCUGA